GUGCUCCACUGCCGUUAAGCAAGUUUUUGUAGUUUUCACUCGAACUACAGGACCGCGACCUGACGGUUGGAAACUUCUUUAGUGCGGUUUUGGCCGAUAGAGGGCUGCAAAGCGAAUGUGAAAGUGCCGUUCACCCUGUUUCGAGUGGAUGAACGACUGAAACUUUUUUGGAAACGUUAUUUUAAGCUGAAAAAUGAAAUAUAAAGAGAACUGGACCGUGCUGCUGGACUACAGAUCUUGUGCUAGACUGUGUCCAGGCUCGUAACUAUUCAGAAUGAUGGCCAAAUAUAUUGCAUUGACUGUAAUGACGAUGUUGGCAGUGGCAUGUGUGGCGUCUCCUCUGUUUGAAGACACACCGACAAACACAGAAGUCAGGCAACUCACCCCACAGGCUCCUGAGACACGAGUGAAGCGGGCCGUGCCUUUACCUGAGGAUCAGCGAGAGUUCAUAUCCCGGCAGAUUUUACAGGCAUUGUCAGAGAUCAUUCAACGAGAGGACUGUAUCACCGACUAUCAAGGUUGGGUCGAUUUUGGGCGUCGGAAUACAGACUGAAAACACCCGGCUGCAAAGCAAUGUAUAAAUAAAGCAAAUCUUUGUCAUUAAAUGACCAAAUGCAACCAUACAA